CACACAUUCGGGCAACUCAUUCAAGUGCUGCUGCUGUCGAUGCAGUAAGUGGCAUAUAUGAGGAAAGCUAACCGGAAUUCUCCACAGGCCACAGGUGUUCAAUUUUGUUCGGCAACGACGACGAAGACAACAAUGGCGAUGACUUCGCGAGGGUGGGCGUCCUUUCAGGGGGAACUUAUCUCUCGCGCGUCGGAGUAAUCUUAUCACCGGGUUCGAUUGUGCGAUAGCCGGCAGUUGGUCAGUAUUUUGGGCUCGAUUGGUCAAUUUGGCUUAGAUCUGGCUUAGCUGCCGGUGUUCGAUCAGUCAACAGCCGGUCGUUCAGUGGGUCGGAGGUGGUUCCGAAGUUUUCGGUCACGAUUUUUUUCUUCUGCUCUAUGGGAAGUGAUGGGCAGGGGCAAUGGAUUGCUGUCAUUGCGGUGGAUGAGUGUGAAACUGCUGGCGUUGGUGCUAGUUUUAGUGGCUGAGCAUGUAGCAUCGCAGGAGGAUGAACAUCACUGUGUGAUGUACGGAAUUUGCCGUGAGAGUGGGAUGCACCUUCAAAAUUGUCCGACUACGGAGAGUGCAAAGCCGCUGAAUGAUGAAGCAGGAGAGGAGAUACUGAAGCGAAGAUGCGGGUUUUUGUUCGAAGAUGAGAAAAUGCCUGUAUGCUGCAAUACUGUCCAGUUGGAAGAGUUGGACAAAAAUUUUCGGAACGCAGAGGGCCUGUUUGGGCGGUGCGAGACUUGCGCAAGAAAUAUGUUGUACAGUAUUUGCACCAUGGCCUGCAGUCCGGAGCAGAGCCGAUUCUUGACGGCUCAUUUGGAUCCCUACGGGUAUUACGUGGAGAAAGUGGACUACCGUAUCGACCCAAAACACGUAGAAGACGUCUACAAUUCGUGCAAAGGAGUUAUUGUCCCAUCAAGUGGAAAAUAUGCCAUGGACAUUGCAUGCGGAGGUUGGGAGUCAACGGGUUGCAACGGAGAGAGGUGGUUCGAAUACCUUGGUGACUCGGUUAAUAAUGAUUAUGUGCCCUUUAUGAUCGAGUAUCAGUACCCUGAAGAUCCGGAAAUUCGCUACAACCAGGACGUUCUGCACUGCAACGAGUCGUACGCCGAUUCGAAUAGUUGUUCGUGUGUGGAUUGUGCUGAAACUUGUCCGGUGUCGGAUCCUCCCGAAGCGGAUGAUCCUGGCUUUUUGGUUGGAGAUCUGAAUGGUGUGACCUUUGUGGUUGCCAUAGGCGUUGGAGGUUAUGGGCUAUUCCUCGUAUUUUUCAGUGGGAUCUGGAAAUCUUCGGGCCCAUCGUUUGAAUUUCCUAAGUUUUUUGGAGGCUUUCCGGGCGUGAAUGUCGCCUUAACCAAAUUCUUUACUAUUUGGGGGACUUUUUGUGCCGCACAUCCGGUGCUUAUCAUCGCCGUUUGCUCUUGGGUGGUUGCCGGCCUUUGUUAUGGAAUCAUCUACAUGGAGAUUACAACCGAUCCGGUGGAAUUGUGGGCAUCUCCUGAUAGCCGUUCACGCCUUGAAAAGGACUACUUCGACUCCCGGUUCUCCCCAUUCUACAGAACCACGCAACUAUUCAUCAAGCCUACUACCCAAAAUUACAUCGUCCACCCAACGACGGCGGGUAACAUCACAUUCGGUCCAGCGUUCGACAAGGACUUUCUUCUCGCGGUAUUCGAGCUACAGGAUCAAAUCGAGCAAAUUGGCCAAGAAGAGGGCGCAGGCCUAGAAAAGAUCUGCUACGCUCCGAUGACAGCAGCCGGUCAGGAAACAACCCUCAGCGAAUGCACCAUUCAAUCCGUGUUCGGAUACUUCCAGAACAGCUACAGUUCGUUCCACUCCAAUUAUACAAACGUGCAGGGCUACGAAGUCAACUAUUUGAACACAAUCAACGAUUGCACCCGCAAUGCGUACAUUCCGACCUGCUUUGGACCCUAUGGUGGUCCGAUUGAGCCUGGCAUAGCUGUUGGAGGUUUCCCAACGACGUCCGGUGAGAACCCCGACUUCCGUCUCGCCACAGGGGUGAUUGUCACCUUUCUGAUCAACAACAAGGUCAACAAAGAUGAUCUAACUCCGAUGUUAGAAUGGGAGCAGAAGUACAUCAAGUUUAUGGACCAGUACCGCCACCCGCUGAUGGACAUUGCAUACACGGCGGAACGAUCGAUCGAGGACGGAAUCAAUGCCUUGUCCGAGGCCGAGAUGUACACCGUCAUAAUCAGCUACGUGGUCAUGUUCGUGUACAUCACAAUUUCUUUGGGAAGGAUCAGCGGAAUCCGGACGUUCUUCAAGGAGUCGAAGAUUACCCUGGCGGUUGGGGGAAUCGUAGUGGUACUGCUUUCCGUUGCUUGCAGUUUGGGUUUCUUCGGUUAUUUGCGGCUCGCCACAACCAUGCUGACGAUCGAGGUGAUUCCGUUUUUGGUGUUGGCCGUGGGGGUGGACAACAUCUUCAUGCUGGUUCAUGCCUUCCAGCGGAUCGAUCGGUUGGAGACUCCGAGAACGGACAGGGCAAUCGGGAAGGCACUGGGUCAGAUUGGGCCUUCGAUCCUGUUGACGUCGGCUAGCGAGUGCUGUUGCUUCGCAAUCGGUGGGUUGUCGCCGAUGCCUGCGGUAAACACUUUUGCCUGGUACGCGACGGUGGCUCUGCUCGUGGACUUUAUUCUGCAGAUAACAGCUUUCGUGGCGUUGAUGGCGUUGGAUGAGAGGCGACUGGCCAGUGGCCGUUUGGAUCUGUUCUGCUGUGUGAAAAGCGAGAAGCAGCUGGCUAAGGCAGAGCAUAUUGGAAUCUUGGAGAAAUUCUUCGGGAAGUACUACGCGCCGUUCAUGAUGAAGAAGCCGGUGCGGAUGACCGUUUUGGUGAUAUUCAUCGUGGUGUCGUCGCUGUCGUUGAUGGUCAUCCCAAAUGUGGAACCCGGAUUGGACCAGGAGCUGUCGAUGCCGAAGGACUCACACUUGGUCAAAUAUUUCCAGUUUAUGGCGGAGCUGCUUUGGAUGGGUCCUCCGGUGUACUUCGUUCUCAAGCCGGGACUGAACUACUCUGCAUUUGAUGAUCAGAAUUUGGUCUGCGGUGGAGUUUUGUGUAAUUCUGACUCGGUUCAGACUCAGCUGUACUUGAAAUCACUUUAUCCGGAGAUAACUCGCGUGGCUCGUCCAUCUUCAUCGUGGCUGGAUGACUACAUCGAUUGGCUGGCCACGACUGGCUGUUGUCGUUACAACCAAACUGACGGAUCUUUCUGUUUAAGCUCCAACACCUUCUGCGCAUUAUGCCCGAAGGAGUUCGACGAAACGGGCGUUCGUCCAACGGUGGCCCAGUUCGAGCGCUACAUGGAGUUCUUCCUGUCGGACAUUCCCGGCGAUAUGUGUGCCAAGGCUGGCAGGGCAGCGUAUUUGACGGCAUUGAACUACGUAACCGGUUCGGAUGGGCACCUGAACGUGCACGAUUCGUACUUCAUGAGUUACCACACAACGGUGAUCACCUCGAGAAACUUCUACGAAGCACUGGACUGGGCUCGGAGGAUCACCGGCGACAUCCAGCUGAUGUUUGACGAGAAGGGCAUUGAUGUGGAGAUCUUCCCGUACAGUGUGUUCUACGUGUACUACGAACAGUACUUGACCAUUUGGGGCGACACCUUGACGUCGCUGGGACUGUCGCUGGCUGCUGUCUUUGUGGUGACGUUUUUGGUAACUGGUCUGGACAUCGUGUUCUCGUUGAUUGUACUGCUGAUGGUGUUUUUGAUUCUGCUGAAUAUGGGAGGCUUUAUGUGGGCGUGGGACAUCACACUGAACGCGGUUUCGCUGGUCAAUCUCGUCAUGUGCGUUGGAAUCGGAGUCGAGUUCAUCUCACACACCGUACGUUCGUACAAGAACGAAGCUGGAAGUAAGACUGAGCGAGCAGCUGAAGCGCUGACCAAAACCGGCAGUAGUGUCUUCUCUGGAAUCACGCUAACCAAAUUUGCUGGAAUUAUUGUCCUCGCGUUUGCCAAUUCACAAAUAUUCCAAAUCUUCUACUUCCGCAUGUAUUUGGGAAUUGUCAUAAUCGGAGCGCUCCAUGGAUUGGUUUUAUUACCUGUAUUUUUGAGCUACAUAGGACCAAGGUCUACAAAACCAUUAUCGAUUUUCCUGCCAACUUCGGAACCUGCCAACCAAAACGGAAUCGUACAUUCUGAUACAGAACCAAUCGCCAAGCUCUAGUUAACUUAGCAUAGUUUAAAGAUAGUCGUAUCGACAGUCAUAUUUAUUCACCUCACUUAAAAUACAAAUCAAUACUCGUUUCAA